CGACAAUCUUUUGACUCUCCCACAUCCUUGCCCUGCUUCCAGCUGGUUUUUUUGCGCAGAAACCUACAGCAUGGCGGGAAAUACACAGGCUAUCGCCCAGCUGCUGCAGCAGAGUCUCGAUCCUAGGACCAGCAAGCAAGCCGAGGCCCAAAUUUCUGAGCAGCAGACGACUCCCGGCUUCUCCAUCACCCUGCUUCACAUUGUCGCCGACAAUUCUGUCCCUCAUACCACGAGAUUGGCCGCCGCCCUUUACUUCAAGAACUUCAUCAAGCGCAACUGGACUGAUGUCGAGGGCAACUACAAGCUCCCGCAGGCGGAGGUUGUGACGGUCAAGCAGGAGCUGAUAGGGUUGAUGAUCUCUGUCCCUCCGUCGAUACAGUCGCAGCUGGGUGAGGCAGUCAGCGCGAUUGCAGACAGUGACUUUUGGGAGCGCUGGGACACUCUGGUCGAUGAUCUCGUCUCCCGCUUGACGCCCGAUAAUGCGCAAAUCAACAAUGGUGUGCUGCAGGUCGCACACUCGAUCUUCAAGCGCUGGAGGCCGCUUUUCAGGUCCGACGAGCUGUUCACCGAGAUCAACCACGUCUUGUCAAAAUUCAGCAACCCUUUCCUCCAACUCCUCCAGAACACAGACGCGCAAAUUACCCAAAAUGCGGGCAACAAGGAAGUCCUGCAGCAGUAUCUCUCCACCCUUAACCUCAUGAUGAAGCUCUUCUACGACCUCUCUUGUCAGGACAUGCCCCCCGAUUUCGAGGAAAACCUAAAGGCUAUCGUUGACAUCCUCCACAAAUACCUGGUCUUUGACAACCCGGCGCUACACACUACUGAGGAAGAUGAGUCCGGCAUUCUUGAGUACAUCAAAGCCGGUAUCUUCGAGGUGCUUAUUCUGUACACCCAGAAGUACGAGGAGGAGUUUGGCCAGCAUCUCCCGCAGUUUAUUGAGAGCUCAUGGAGCUUGUUGACAAACAUCGGAGCCGAGACCAAAUACGACAUCCUCGUCAGUAAGGCGCUCCAGUUCUUGACCUCGGUCACGGCGAACCCUCAGCAUGCUCAGGCCUUCAACAACCCGGAUAUCCUUGGCCAGGUCGUUGAGAAGGUCAUCCUUCCCAACCUUUCCCUUCGGGAGUCCGACGUCGAGAUGUUUGAGGACGAGCCGAUCGAGUUUAUCCGGAGGGAUCUGGAAGGCUCGGACAGUGAUACUAGGCGUCGCGCGGCAACUGACUUUUUGCGCCGUUUGAUGGAGCAGUUCACGGAGCUCGUCACUGGUGUCGUCAACAAAUACAUCGACCACUAUCUUGCCGAUUACGCCCGGGACAAGCAGGGUAACUGGAAGUCUAAGGACACGGCGGUGUACCUGUUUUCUUCGAUUGCUGCACAAGGAGCGUCGACCGCUGCAUUCGGUGUCAAGACGGUCAACCCUCACGUUAAUGUCCUUGAUUUCUUCCAGAAGAACAUCGCCGAGGAUCUUUCUGCGGAGACAGGGGUUGAGCCUAUCUUGAAGGUUGACGCUAUUAAGUUCGUACACAUGUUCCGUACGCAACUGACCGCGCAGUUCUGGCAACUUGCGUUCCCCCUUCUGGUCAGGCAUCUUGGUGUCCAGAACUUCGUCAUCUACUCGUACGCUGCCAUCGCGAUCGAGCGUGCGCUUUACCUUACCGAUGACAACCGGCAACCCAUUAUUCCCAAGGCCGACCUUCUGCCGCUGUCCAAGGACCUCCUCGUUCAUCUCUUUGGCCUCAUUCAGAAAGAGUCGGCGCCGGAGAAGAUCCAGGAGAACGAAUUUUUAAUGAAGUGCGUUAUGCGUGUGCUCAUUGUCAUUCGCGACGGCGUCAUCCCUAUCACGGAUAUCGUUCUCCAGAACUUCCUCAACAUCACUAUGGUCAUCAGGCAUAACCCCAGCAAUCCUCGCUUCUACUACUACCACUUUGAAGGCAUCGGUGCACUCAUCAAGUUUGCUGCGCCCUCGCAGCCCGAAAGACUGGAGACUGCGUUAUAUGAACCUUUUGCGCAAAUUCUGCAAAACGAUGUCCAGGAGUUCAUUCCCUACGUCUUCCAGCUCUUUGCCGCCCUCCUGGAGAGCAAUCCUUCCGGCACUCUGCCCGCCUACUACCAAAGCCUUAUUCAGCCUCUGCUGAUGCCUGUGCUCUGGGAGUCGAAGGGCAACAUCCCUGCUCUGGUCCGCCUGUUGUCUGCCAUUAUCCUUCGUGGUGCCGACGUUGUUGUCGCCAACAAACAAGUUGAGCCCAUUCUUGGUAUCUUCCAGAAGCUCGUCUCAACAAAGGCAAACGAGAGCCACGGCUUCGAUCUGCUGGAGGCUGUCGUCAGCGCGAUACCAGUGGAUACGCUCAAGCCGUACUUCACUCCCAUGUUGCAAAUCAUGUUGACGAGACUGAGCAACUCGAAGACGGAGAACUUCACGCUGCGGUUUGUUAGGUUUUACCACUUUGUCUCGGCAAGAGACGACAAGGGUCUGGGCUCAGACUUCUUCAUCUCCAUUGCCGAUUCCGUGCAGCAAGACGUAUUCCGUCCUAUUUACACACAAAUCAUUCUCCCAGACACGCAAAAGCUCACCCGUCCCUUCGACCGCAAGACGGCUGUCGUCUCUUUCACCAAAACCCUCGCCGAUGGCCAAGCUUUCAUCGAGCGCUACAUGAAGGGCUGGGCGCUGACGUGCGAGGCACUGCUGAAGCUCCUCAUCAACCCGCCUGUGGCGCCCGCGAGCGACGACAUCAUCCCGGACGCCGACGUCGACGACCUGGGCUUCGGUGUCGGCUUCACGCAGCUCAACACGUGCCGCAAGGCGCCGCAGGACCCGUUCCCGGACGUUGCCGACGUCAGGGCCUGGGUCGGCGGGUACCUGAAGGCGGCGGAUGCGCGCAACGGCGGCCGCAUCGGCCAGUACGUCAACGAGAGGCUGAGCCCGGAGGCCAGGACUGCGCUGAGUGCGACCAUGGCAUAAGUAUGCGCGCUGGGUAUGUGUGUGUGUGUGCGUGUGGGUGGAGGGUUGCGCUUGGAGGCCGUGGUUGAUACGCAGUACUUGAUACCAUAACAUAUUUGGAGGAAUCGAAUGUCUUGUCUC